UUGUUGAAUAUGAGAUUUAGCAGAUGAAGGGUGAAUAUGGCUUGAAAGUUGGAUGGCAAGGGCAAUAAUUUUUUUUUAGAGUACAGGGGCAAAUCUGACCCUUUACCGUUUAUAAUUCUCAAAACUUGGACGAGUUUCUAAGGACUUUUAAUUAUAGAUUUGGAGGAGCAAAGGGAGUGGCAAUUGAGAGGGAAGAUGAGCGUUCCAAGUGUAUGGAACCAUUUAGCUCUUUUGUCGAGAGCCAAUUCCAAAGAAUCAAUAGAAUAUAUACUUGAAGCUAUGUGGAGGACUCGCAAGACUGGGCUUGAUGCUGCUGACCGCCAAAUCAUCCGUGAAAUGCUUCAACUUCCUAAUGAUUCUGACCUCGACCCUCUUCUGGUGUGCCUUCGUCUUUUGAUUCGCAAAUGUGUUUAUGAGAAUGCCAAGAAGGAUGAGAUUCAAAAGUUGUUUCCUGCUGAGGUCCAACCCGAGUUGCAAAGACUAUUAACACUUCUACUGCAAAAAUUUCAAAAGGAGUGGCGUGAAGAUAUAGCUAAAGACCUGGUCAUCUUGCCUCAACUGAAAGCAAUGACACGGAGCAUUUGGAAAGAGGGCAGUGAAAUCGGAGACCCUGCAGCAAUUAUAAAUUUAAAGCUUCAAGGUGAUGCAAAAUCUAGCCAUGAAGAAAAAGAUGUGCCGUUCCACUUGACAAAAGACACUUUAGAAACAAUGUUGAAGUCAAUGUACUCUCUAAGGGCCGAACUGUCUGACGAUGUGAGUUUAUAGUUCUCUAUCUAGAGAGAUAUAGUGUUCUCAAACAAAUGUGGUAUAGUUUGCUACUGUCCUUGAACAGAAGGUAAUGUAGCCUUUCAUAUUGUAAUUUACACAAUGCUAAUUGCUAAGUGGAUGGUUUCUGCUUUCAUUUACUGGGUAUUCUAAUUUAGUUGAUCUAUUGCCUUUAAGGCUGGAAA